AUGGUGGCUGUGCUUGCAGCUCUGGUGGCCAUCCUUCCAGCUCUGGUGGCCAUCCUUCCAGCUCCGGUGGCCGUCCUUCCAGCUCUGGUGGCCAUCCUUCCAGCUCCGGUGGCCGUCCUUCCAGCUCUGGUGGCCAUCCUUGCAGCUCUGGUGGCCAUCCUUCCAGCUCCGGUGGCCGUCCUUCCAGCUCUGGUGGCCAUCCUUGCAGCUCCGGUGGCCAUCCUUCCAGCUCCGGUGGCCGUCCUUCCAGCUCUAGUGGCCAUCCUUCCAGCUCUGGUGGCCAUCCUUGCAGCUCUGGAGGUCGUCCUUCCAGCUCCGGAGGUCAUCCUUCCAGCUCUAGUGGCCAUCCUUCCAGCUCUAGUGGCCGUCCUUCCAGCUCUGGUGGCCGUCCUUCCAGCUCUGGUGGCCGUCCUUGCAGCUCUAGUGGCCAUCCUUCCAGCUCCGGUGGCCGUCCUUCCAGCUCUAGUGGCCAUCCUUCCAGCUCUGGUGGCCGUCCUUCCAGCUCUGGUGGCCGUCCUUCCAGCUCUGGUGGCCAUCCUUGCAGCUCCGGUGGCCAUCCUUCCAGCUCCGGUGGCCGUCCUUCCAGCUCUAGUGGCCAUCCUUCCAGCUCUGGUGGCCAUCCUUCCAGCUCUGGAGGUCGUCCUUCCAGCUCCGGAGGUCAUCCUUCCAGCUCUAGUGGCCAUCCUUCCAGCUCUAGUGGCCGUCCUUCCAGCUCUGGUGGCCGUCCUUCCAGCUCUGGUGGCCGUCCUUGCAGCUCUAGUGGCCAUCCUUCCAGCUCUAGUGGCCAUCCUUGCAGCUCUGGUGGCCGUCCUUCCAGCUCUAGUGGCCAUCCUUCCAGCUCUGGUGGCCAUCCUUCCAGCUCUGGUGGCCGUCCUUGCAGCUCUGGUGGCCGUCCUUCCAGCUCUAGUGGCCAUCCUUCCAGCUCUAGUGGCCGUCCUUCCAGCUCUAGUGGCCAUCCUUGCAGCUCUGGUGGCCGUCCUUCCAGCUCUGGUGGCCAUCCUUCCAGCUCUAGUGGCCAUCCUUCCAGCUCUAGUGGCCGUCCUUGCAGCUCUAGUGGCCAUCCUUGCAGCUCUGGUGGCCGUCCUUCCAGCUCUAGUGGCCAUCCUUCCAGCUCUGGUGGCCAUCCUUCCAGCUCUGGAGGUCGUCCUUCCAGCUCCGGAGGUCAUCCUUCCAGCUCUAGUGGCCAUCCUUCCAGCUCUAGUGGCCGUCCUUCCAGCUCUGGUGGCCAUCCUUCCAGCUCUGGUGGCCGUCCUUCCAGCUCUGGUGGCCAUCCUUCCAGCUCUGGUGGCCGUCCUUCCAGCUCUGGUGGCCAUCCUUCCAGCUCCGGUGGCCGUCCUUGCAGCUCUGGUGGCCGUCCUUCCAGCUCUAGUGGCCAUCCUUCCAGCUCCGGUGGCCGUCCUUCCAGCUCUGGUGGCCGUCCUUCCAGCUCUGGUGGCCAUCCUUCCAGCUCUAGUGGCCAUCCUUCCAGCUCUAGUGGCCGUCCUUGCAGCUCUAGUGGCCAUCCUUGCAGCUCUGGUGGCCGUCCUUCCAGCUCUGGUGGCCAUCCUUCCAGCUCCGGUGGCCAUCCUUCCAGCUCCGGUGGCCAUCCUUGCAGCUCUAGUGGCCGUCCUUCCAGCUCCGGUGGCCGUCCUUGCAGCUCUAGUGGCCGUCCUUCCAGCUCCGGUGGCCGUCCUUCCAGCUCCGGUGGCCAUCCUUCCAGCUCUGGUGGCCGUCCUUCCAGCUCCGGUGGCCAUCCUUCCAGCUCUGGUGGCCAUCCUUCCAGCUCCGGUGGCCAUCCUUCCAGCUCCGGUGGCCAUCCUUCCAGCUCUGGUGGCCGUCCUUCCAGCUCCGGUGGCCAUCCUUCCAGCUCUGGUGGCCAUCCUUCCAGCUCCGGUGGCCAUCCUUCCAGCUCCGGUGGCCGUCCUUCCAGCUCCGGUGGCCAUCCUUCCAGCUCCGGUGGCCGUCCUUCCAGCUCUGGUGGCCAUCCUUCCAGCUCUGGUGGCCAUCCUUGCAGCUCUGGUGGCCAUCCUUCCAGCUCCGGUGGCCGUCCUUCCAGCUCUGGUGGCCGUCCUUGCAGCUCUAGUGGCCAUCCUUCCAGCUCUGGAGGCCGUCCUUCCAGCUCUGGUGGCCAUCCUUCCAGCUCUGGUGGACGUCCUUGCAGCGCUGGUGAGGACAUGGUAA